GUGAGCUCACACUGGACCCAAACACAGCAGGCAGAGAUCUCUCUCUCUCUGAGGGGAACAGAAAGGUGACACGUGUGAGUGAGGAUCAGCCGUAUCCUGACCACCCAGAGAGAUUUGACUGCUGGCCUCAUGUGUUGUGUAGAGAGGGUCAGUCUGGACGCUGCUACUGGGAGUCUGAGUGGAGUGGUAGUGGGGAUGAUAUAGCAGUGGCGUAUAAAAGCAUCCAGAGGAAAGGGAGUAGUAAUGACAUCAUACUGGGACGUAAUGACAAGUCCUGGAGUCUGGAAUGCUAUCCUCACAUUUACUCUGCCAGGCACAAUAAUAAACACACUGUCAUACCUGCCCCCUCCUCCCGCUCCAGCAGAGUAGGAGUGUACCUGGACUGGCCAGCUGGCACUCUGUCCUUCUACAGCGUCUCCUCUGACACACUCACCCACCUGCACACGUUCCACUCCACAUUCACUGAGCCCCUCUAUCCUGGGUUUUUGGCUCAUAAUUUGGACUCCUCAACCCUCAGCACUUAA